AUGGUGCUCGACAACGUGGACGCUUUCCGCGUUGUCAGAGACCUAUUUAACCUAUCCCCAAAGGGGUUGAUCCUUAUGACCUCGGCGACGGAAUAUGUCGAGGUGGAGGACUCGGUUGCCAGUGAAGAGGUUCUACCCUUUGACAAAGAUGAAGGGGCCAAAUAUCUUCUCACAAUUUUGAAGCAAGACAAGCUCCCCACCGAGUUCCAAGCAGAGGCCUGGGCGCAUUGUCACAAGCUCUCAUGUGAUAUGGGUGGUCUUGCUGUUGCUCUGACUGUCGUUGGGAAAUUUAUCGCCAAACAGAAAAUGCCCCUACAGGACUUCUUGAAUCUCUGGCGAAGAGAUCCUACUACCCUCUACGUCAAAAUGAGAGAUAUCACGCUGGAUCACUACGAAUAUCCGUUAAGCAAGGCAUACUCAAUGUCAUUUGGCGCCCUGAAAGAAGAGUCAGCGAGGUUGUUUGCGAUCCUGUGCUUCCUGGGCCCCGAUCACAUAACCAUGGAGACUUUUUUGGGUGCGAAGAAAGAAGGUCGCCACGAGAUUGAUUGGCUUCCCUGCUGCUGCCACCAGUUACAGGAAGGGUCGUCAGUCACUGGCCUAGAUCUCAGCCCGCUAAUAUGCACUAGCUUCGAGGAUGUUCUUGUAGAGUUGCUUGACCUCGCGUUGAUCAAGAGAAAUGCGAUAAAUGGGCAGCUCUCGAUUCGGGCAUUUGACGAAGCCUCUAAACUCCUUUCCAAUGCCUUUCCCAAACUUGUCAAUGGCAUUUCGCUACGAAAAGCCUGGGCGGAAUGUGAGAUAUACGCAGAACACAUCAUGGUCAUGUCGAAAAGAUUCAAGCAGUACGAUCUCAAAGUCUCCGAGGUAGAGAACGCGAACAACUUCUGCCUAUGCCUUGCAGCCUGCGCAUGGUACUUGCACGAGACCUCUUGUCCACCAGAAGGCAUUGAGCUUCUGGAGCUUGGCCUCGAGCUUUGUCGAAAUGAUCGACUCCUCCGAGCAAAUCUACUCAAUACCUCUGCCACCAUAGCAGAAAAGCAAAGUCGGCAUUCCAACACAGAAAAGAUGUUUCUGGAAUCCUUAGAUAUACACCAAGAGAUCUUAGCACCAGACCAUGAAGAAAAUUGCGAACAAGUUUCAACAAUCUUGGCAAAGUCUACUGCUCAAAAAAAGAGUACGAAAAGGGCAUUGAUCUCUUCCAAAAGGCGAUCGAAAUCGACAAGAAGCCGGACAUAG